AAUCCAUUAGUUUCUUUCCACCAUGCGUCGAAAAACGACGUGUUCUUUUUUAUUUGUUUUUACGUUUCGAUCUGUGAAAGUUUGACAUGUUGGCCUUCUCGGACUCGGGGUUAUCAAAGACAUUUUGUUUAAUGAACUAUGUUUAGGAUACGAGUGUCGUCGUCCUAAUGGGCAUUCGGGGAUUUGACUUCAUCAUGGAGUACACGUGCUCCAAGACACCGCAGAUCACCUGAAGUCGGCAGCACACCUGCACUCCAUCUUCUUACUGAAUAAACAAUUUAGUUUUCGUAUUUAUGAUUCAUUUGUUAGCCUCAGUCUCUCGAAUAAAAGAAUUGAAAGAGGAUUUUGAAUACAGGUCUAGUCCAUCAUAUUCAAAAAAGAUUAACAGUUAGAAUUACCGAAAGAUUUCCUUGUGCUUCAUUUUGCCUAAUGAUUUAUUCACUACUUUGAGAAUUAUCAUUUGGUGAAUCUUGUCAUUGUCAUUGUGGAAUCUUGUUAAUUCUUUACACAUACGAAGAGAAGGGCCUUCUGUUUUCCCUUCAAAGUCAUAGCUCAUGUCGUGCCGGAUGAGAAAUCCGGAUGAAAGAAUAAGGGGAAAAAGCUGUGGAGUGCGCAUGCGCUUUAGUGAAAGGAAGAACGUCAAGCAAUGAGGAAUGAUCGGCAUGCCAAGAGAAGUGUCCGGAUACAUUGAAUCUUCAAUUGCCUUUCGUUGAUACAAGUCGCUUUCAAAUUUUAUUACGGAAGAUUCCUUUGUUGUUGCUGUCAAAGAAUAACAAACGAAACGUUCUGACUUGCGACAUUUAUUUUUGUGUGCUGAAUUGAUUUCCGAGUUCAUGUCAACCUGUACCCGAAACACAUCGGCUGCUUUGAUGACUUCACAUUUUUUCAAAUUCAAUCCGGCUAACGCAAAACGAAUUGACAUGCGGACGGACACCAAUGCGGAAUACAGAAAAAGCGCCGUACAGGCAACUCCGCAAGAGUGUGGAGGCUGUGGUAAAUUCAUCACCGAUCGGUACCUCCUACAAGCACUGGAUCUUUACUGGCACGAGGACUGUCUCAAAUGCGGAUGCUGUGAUUGCCGGUUAAGUGAAAAUGGAUCGACACUCUACACGAGGGCCAAUUUGGUUCUCUGCCGACGAGAUUAUUUAAGGUUGUUUGGAACGACUGGGUACUGCGCAGCGUGCGGCAAAGUUAUUCCGGCAUUCGAGAUGGUCAUGAAAGCAAAAGGCAACGUUUACCAUCUCGAAUGUUUUGCCUGUCAAAACUGCAACCAUCGGUUCUGCGUCGGUGACAAGUUCUACCUCUGCGACAACAAAAUUCUGUGCGAAUAUGAUUACGAAGAACGUUUGCUUAUGACCAGCCUCGAGUUUCCUAAUAAACGAUCGUCUUUACAGCCACAACAGGGCUCCAAUCAGUCAGCAUUACUAUCCCCCGUGUUAUCUACGGAUUGCUUUUCCAAAUGAUUUUUUAACGAUAUAAUUUUUCAUCCAUCCAUCAUUUUUGAAUCCUUUUAAACUGUACAAAUAAAAUUUUCCCUAGGACUAAAAACAAGACGUAAGUGAAACAAUUCAACGCAUAAAUGGAUGAAAAAAACUGGCCACUAAUAACGAGUUUUUGUUUAUUCGCCAAAUCUAUAGAGUUUUCAUAGAACUAGACAUUAAAAUUUUGCACAGGACCUGAGAUGCACUGUCUAAUUCACAGACUGGAAUGCAAUUCUUGACGAAGAACUAAAGAUGAAUCGAUUUCAUCCACCGAACGGCAGCCUGUGUAACGUUGGUUAGUUGCAUUAGAUCAUCCCAAUAUCUGGUAAAUCUUUGACUAGUUACCUGCUAAGGCCAUAGCUACAUCAACCUCGGUUUUGAGCAGUUGUAUAAUAUUUUUCACGCCCUCUUCUCCACUGUGGGCCAGUCCCCAUAAAGCCGGCCGGCCAAAGAAUGUCUUGCCGAGAAAUAAUAUAUCAGAUACGGAUUGA